UUCGGGUACUCACCCUUGUUUAAUCCUGGAACAAAAAACAAAAUUGUUUUUUUUUAAGUCACUGUUUUAUGUUUGCGUUUUGUUUUUACAAUGAAAGUCAGUGAGAUCCAAACAAAAACCCAUUGGACCCCAUUGUAAAGACGGGAAAUGAAUCACAAGGACAUCUUUCAAAAUAUCUCCUUUUGUGUUUCAAAGAAGAUCAAAGUCAUACAGGUUUGGAACGACAUGAGGGUGUAGCUGUCUUCAUGGCCACCAGCGUGGUUCCCGGGGACGAUCUGCCCACGUAUAAGCUGGUGGUGGUGGGAGACGGCGGCGUGGGGAAGAGCGCGCUCACCAUACAGUUCUUCCAGAAGAUCUUCGUCCCGGACUACGACCCCACCAUCGAGGACUCGUACCUCAAACACACCGAGAUCGACGGCCAGUGGGCCAUUCUGGACGUUCUGGACACGGCGGGGCAGGAGGAGUUCAGUGCGAUGAGAGAGCAGUACAUGAGGACAGGAGACGGCUUUCUCAUCGUGUUUUCAGUCACUGAUAAAGCCAGCUUUGAACACGUGGAUCGUUUCCACCAGCUGAUCCUGAGAGUCAAAGACCGGGAGUCGUUUCCUAUGGUUCUGGUGGCUAAUAAAGUUGAUCUGGUGCAUUUACGCAAGAUCACCAGUGAGCAGGGACGAGAGAUGGCCUCCAAACACAGCAUCGCGUAUAUUGAAACAAGUGCAAAGGAUCCGCCCAUGAAUGUAGAAAAAGCGUUUCACGAGCUCGUCAGAGUGAUACGUCAGCAGAUCCCCGAACUGGGCCUGAAGAAGAACAGGAAAGCCAAAUGGCGGGCGGACAGACCUUCGGGUUCGCAGAGGCUGCACUGUAUCUUACUGUGACCGCACACCCUCUAUCUCAAUGCUGCGUCAAUGCCGCGAUGAUGACUCGGACUGUUAAAAUACACACACACACUCACACAGCUUUGAUAAUAUCCAGAAAUUAAUGAACACAGCUUAAAUAUUCCAUAAAUAAUGGUGAAAUUCCCAAAAAUGUGGAUUAUUAGCUAUUUUACAUGGGAUUUUCUCAGCAGGCGAUACCUGGAUGAAAUUACAGGAUUCUAGCGCUGUUGACUCAUGUUAUCUCUCAGAGAAUAAUUCAGAGACACACUUUCUGAGGCCUUGUUUUGUAUUGUGUUUCUAUAUUUAUUGUGCUGAAUUCUAUAUUGUAAGUGAUUGUUAAUACAGCAUAUCGGCUUUGAAGAAACAAGGGAACAGAUGGGAUUCAAGUUGCACAUCUGGCGAAUGCUCAGGAGGCGGGGGAAAUACUGGUUACCAUAGUUAAGCAAUUAUUUUUAUGAAGAAAUUAAUAAUAGAAAAAAGGCAUUAAGGUCACACAAGGCACUAAAAUAACGCUAAACAUGUAAAACACUUAAUUAAUAGCACAAAGUAUGUUAAAGUUUUUACAUAAAAAAAGUUUUAUACAUUUUGCUUCAACAACUAUUUACCAUAAAAGUGCUUGUUAAAUAUACAGUUUUACUACAUAUGAUAAUGUAACAUACUGUUAACCAAUUAACAUUUAUCAUUCAUCAUCUUUGCAUUUAUGUCUCACAAUUCUGAGUUUAUGUCUUACAAUUUUCCCUCUCAAAAUUUAAAUUGAAACCUUGCAAUUCUCAGUAUACAACCUUGCAACUCUUAGUUUAUAAUUCUCAAUUCUGAGUUCAUGUCUCGUAAUUCUGUUUAUAUCUGGCAAUUCUGAGUUUCUCGCAAGUUUAUAACCACAAUUCUGAGUUUAUGUCUCUCAAUUCUGAGUUUAUAUCUUGCAAUUAUGAGUUUAUAUCUUGCAUUUCUGAGUUUAUAUCUUGCAUUUCUGAGUUUAUAUCUUGCAAUUCUGAGUUUAUAACUCCCAAUUCAGAGUUUAUUACUCCCAAUUCAGACUGUAUAUCUCGCAAUUCAGAGUUUGUAUCUCACAAUUCAGAGUUUAUAUCUCACAAUUCAGAGUUUAUAUCUCACAAUUCAGAGUUUGUAUCUCGCAAUUCAGAGUUUGUAUCUCACAAUUCAGUUUAUAUCUCGCAAUUCUGAGUUUAUAUCUUGCAAUUCAGUUUAUAUCUCGCAAUUCAGAGUUUAAAUAUCUCGCAAUUCAGAGUUUAUAUCUCGCAAUUCUGAGUUUAUAUCUCUCAAUUCAGAGUUUGUAUCUCACAAUUCAGUUUGUAUCUCGCAAUUCAGAGUUUAAAUAUCUCGCAAUUCAGAGUUUAUAUCUCUCAAUUCUGAGUUUAUAUCUCUCAAUUCAUAGUUUAUAUCUUACAAUUCAGAGUUUAUAUCUCGCAAUUCAGUUUAUAUCUCUCAAUUCUUAGUUUAUAUCUCUCAAUUCAGUUUAUAUCUCACAAUUCCGUUUAUAUCUCGCAAUUCUGAGUUUAUAUCUCACAAUUCAGAGUUUGUAUCUCACAAUUCUGAGUUUAUAUCUCUCAAUUCAUAGUUUAUAUCUUACAAUUCAGAGUUUAUAUCUCGCAAUUCAGUUUAUAUCUCUCAAUUCUUAGUUUAUAUCUCUCAAUUCAGUUUAUAUCUCACAAUUCCGUUUAUAUCUCACAAUUCCGUUUAUAUCUCACAAUUCAGAGUUUGUAUCUCACAAUUCAGAGUUUAUAUCUCACAAUUCAGAGUUUAUAUCUCGCAAUUCAGUUUAUAUCUCGCAAUUCUGAGUUUAUAUCUUGCAAUUCACAGUUUGUAUCUCGCAAUUCACAGUUUAUAUCUCGCAAUUCAGAGUUUAUAUCUCUCGCAAUUCAGAGUUUAUAUCUCUCAAUUCUGAGUUUAUAUCUCUCAAUUCAGAGUUUAUAUCUCGCAAUUCAGUUUUUAUCUCGCAAUUCUGAGUUUGUAUCUCGCAAUUCAGUUUAUAUCUCGCAAUUCUGAGUUUAUAUCUCUCAAUUCUGAGUUUAUAUCUUGCAAUUCAGAGUUUGUAUCUUGCAAUUCAGAGUUUAUAUAUCUCGCAAUUCAGAGUUUAUAUCUCUCAAUUCUGAGUUUGUAUCUCACAAUUCAGUUUAUAUCUCGCAAUUCUGAGUUUGUAUCUCACAAUUCAGUUUAUAUCUCGCAAUUCAGAGUUUGUAUCUCACAAUUCAGUUUAUAUCUCGCAAUUCAGAGUUUAUAUCUCUCAAAUCUGAGUUUAGAUCUCUCAAUUCGGAGUUUAUAUAUCUCAAUUCUGAGUUUAUAUAUCUCAAUUUAGAGAUUAUGUCUCUCAAUUCUGAGUUUAUAUCUCGCAAUUCAGAGUUUAUAUCUCUCAAAUCUGAGUUUAUAUCUCGUAAUUCUGAUUUUAUAUCUCUCAAUUCUGACUUUAUAUAUCUCAAUUCAGAGAUUAUGUCUCUCAAUUCUGAGUUUAUAUCUCUCAAUUCUGAGUUUAUAUAUCUCAAUUCAGAGAUUAUAUCUUUCAAUUCUCAGUUUAUAUCUUGCAAUUCUGAGUUUAUAUCUCGCAAUUCUGAGUUUAUAUAUUUAUAUUUAUAUACCUCAAGUAAAAAAUGGUCGCCCUCACACUUUUAUUAUCCACUUAGAAAUGAAUGGGUAACUAUGGUAACCUGGAUUUGUUUAUCCCAAUGUUAAACCACUCCUCUAAUGCUCUAAUGUGUGAUGUGUCGCUUGUAUUGAUAAAAAAAGAAAAGAAAGUUGCUGUUCUUAAAUCAGCACACUGAUGACAAUAUAUAAUGCUAUUAAUCAGGAUUGUAGAUCAAGACUAUUACGAUGAAAGUUUUGUACAUUUGAUGCCUGAUCUCAAUUAUGUUGCCAUAAACUGAGUCAAUCAGUAAUUGCACAAAAACAUUACAUUGUUACAUUUUAGUCAUUAGAUCAAGCAAUGAUCUUGUGGGUUUUUUUUUCUGCUUGUCUUGAAUGCAUCGUCACUUUACUUUGAAUGUGUUUUUGCUCAUUUCAAAGUUCUCAUUGAUGUUUAGAAUGUAUCAAAUGUUAUUCUGUAUGCCAAAGGCCUUUAGUGUUACCAUAUUAAAGGAACAUCAUUCUAGAAACCCGUUUAGGCAUUUUGUGAUUGUAUACUGCUCUUGUUUUCUGUGUUUUUUUAACUCUAGAAUCUUGUUUCAAAAAACGGUUGUUGUCCUUACAUUUUUAGUUUUGCUUGAAACUUGGUGCAAAUUUUGUGGUUCAGUUAUACUGACUUUUUUUUCUUGUUAUUGUUUUUUGAAGUAAUUUAUUAUACAAAUUACAUGUAUUCUGUGACUAUGUUUGUAUGAAGAUCAUUAAGACCAAUUAAGGCCAAAAACUACUCUGAAAAAGAAGGGAUUUUUGCAUCAGGAAUAUUGUAAGAAUUUGUAAAGUGGAAUAUAAACAUAUUAUAAUAAAAAUCAAAUAAAUCAA